CCCCCGGAGAAGUCCCGGGGGCUGGCUCGGGUCAAUGUCCCCGGGGACGGCCGGCCUCCUUCGCCCUGCGCGCCAAACCGAGGCCGGGGAGCGAGCUGCUUCCUCCCAGGCUUGGAGGCCUCCUCAGGAGGAGGAGGAGGAGAAGGAGGAGGAAGGCCGGGGCUGCAACCGCGCAGGCCGCCGCCAUGGCUGCGCCCAUAAAUGCUUGCUACCUGGGCUGGGACUUCAGCACGCAGCAGCUGAAAGUAAUUGCUGUAGAUGAACAACUAAGAGUCAUCCAUGAGAAUAAUGUUAAUUUUGACAAAGAGCUUCCAGAAUUCAGCACUCAAGGUGGUGUCUAUGUUCAUAACGAUAGAUUAACAGUAACAUCUCCUGUAUUAAUGUGGGUGAAAGCCUUAGAUCUGAUUUUGGAAAAGAUGAAGUCUUCUGGAUUCAAUUUUUCUAGAGUGAAAGGUUUGUCUGGAGCUGGACAGCAACAUGGGAGUGUCUACUGGAACGAAGGUGCGCACUCUGUCUUACAGAACCUGUCACCUGGUCUCCCUUUACAUCGGUCGCUAAAGUCUUGCUUUUCUGUGAGCAACAGCCCUGUGUGGAUGGAUUCCAGUACAACUGCUCAGUGCAGCACCCUAGAAAAAGCUGCUGGAGGGGCUCUGAAAUUGGCCGAAGUCACCGGCUCACGAGCCUAUGAGCGUUUUACAGGAAACCAGAUAGCGAAGAUUUACAGCCAGAACCCUGAAGUCUACACACAAACUGAGAGGAUAUCCUUGGUCAGCAGCUUUGCAGCCUCGCUCUUCCUAGGUGCUUAUGCACCCAUCGAUUAUAGUGACGGCUCUGGCAUGAAUUUACUGGAUAUCCAUGAAAAAGUAUGGAAUGCAGACUGUCUUGAUGCUUGUGCACCAGAAUUAGCAAAAAAGCUGGGCCGUCCUGUGCCAUCAAGUAAAAUACUGGGGUCGGUUUCACCAUACUACGUUCAGCGUUUUGGGUUUCAUCCUGACUGUAAAGUUGUAGCAUUUACUGGAGACAAUCCAGCAUCUUUGGCAGCAAUGAGGCUUGCUGAAGGGGAUGUGGCAAUUAGCCUGGGCACUAGUGAUACAUUGUUUCUCUGGAUUAAGGAGCCAAAUCCUGCUCUAGAAGGACAUAUCCUUUGUAGUCCUGUGGAUACAAAAGCCUACAUGGCCCUCCUAUGUUAUAAGAAUGGUUCUUUGAUGAGAGAGAAGAUACGAGAUGAGCUUGCCUCUGGCUCUUGGGAAGAAUUUUCCAAAUUACUAGCGUCAGCAGCUGUUGGAAAUGACGGAAAUGUCGGUUUUUAUUUUGAUGUGAUGGAGAUUAUACCCAGUGCUGUUGGCAUUCACAGAUUCAACAGGCAUGGUGACAGAGUGCCAGCCUUUCCGAGGGACGUGGAGGUACGAGCCUUGAUGGAAGGGCAGUUCAUGGCCAAAAGAAUCCACGCCGAAAAGCUAGGAUACAGAAUCUUGCCAACAACAAGAGUCCUUGCAACGGGCGGGGCAUCUCACAACAACGCAAUCUUACAAGUCCUGUCUGAUGUGUUCAAUGCUCCAGUUUACACUAUUGACACUGCUAAUUCAGCCUGUUUAGGAUCUGCUUACAGAGCAAUCCAUGGGCUUGUGGCGGAGAGAAACGUGCCCUUGACUGAUGUUGUGAAAUUAGCACCAGGGCCCAAAUUAGUUGCUACUCCAACAGCUGGUGUGGCUCAGGUUUACCAGCCUUUGCUUAAACGGUACAUGGAUCUCGAGGGGCAAGUGCUGAAGCACUCAAAAUAACAUUUUACGGGCGAAACCAAAGUCAAGUGAUUGCCUCAUUUAAAUGUAAAGAGGAGUGAAGAUCAGAAGAAACCAUCAUUUUAAUUGAAAAAUGCAUUCCUUCCUUUUGUACUUGAAACGAACUGUGAUGUGAUAUAUUGUCUAAGAGCCAAGGAACAAACACUGGUGUCAUUUGAUUGCUGGAUACUGUCUGCUAUCCCUGGUGUUCCAAAGCCCAUAUGUCAUUGUGCCUUUCUGUGCUUACCUCUUUCUUCCUACCAGCUGGGUGUUGGACAACGGAAGACAGUUCAUGGUCUAUGCAGGCCAAUGUACUAAGCCCAAGGUUGUGUAGCAGGGCUUCAGCAGAUGUGACAUGCUGUGGUUGUCAGUAGGUUGGAUAGAUUCAAAAUGAAGGUGUAAGAUGGAAUUUCCAGUGGAUUUCCAGAAAUAAAAAAGACUUCUAAUUCUAA